AUGGCAAAGGAAGCGGGCAGAAUACAACAUCUUGGUUUUACUCAUAUUGAUUUGAAGAACUAUUUGAGAACUAAGAGGACUUUGGAGAUUAAACAAGGAGAUAGUGGAGGUGUUUUACAAUAUUUACAAAGGAUGAUAAGUGAAGAUCCACAUUUUUACUAUGCUAUUCAAUUAGAUGUGGAAGAUCUAAUUACCAAUAUGUUUUGGACCGAUGGUAGAAUGAUACAAGAUUUUGGUCAUUUUGGUGAUGCUGUUUGCUUCGAUACUACAUACAGAAGACAUCGAGAUGGCAGACCAAUAGCUUUGUUCGUCGGUGUAAAUCAUCAUAAACAAGCAAUUGUGUUUGGUGCAGCAUCAUUGUACGACGAAACAAUUGAAACCUUUGAAUGGUUGUUUGAUGUAUUUGAAGAUGCUAUGAUGGGAAAGAGACCAAAAACCAUUUUAACGGAUCAAGAUCAAGCAAUGAGCGCUGCUUUAGCUUCCAAGUGGCCAUCGACUUACCAUCCCUUGUGUGUUUGGCACAUUUUCCAAAAUGCAGCAAUUCAUCUUUCCAAUGUUUUUGCGAGUUUCAAGAACACCUUUGCAGCUUAUUUUAGUCGUUGUGUGUACGACUUCGAAGAAGAAUCAGAAUUCCUUGAUGCAUGGAAUGAAAUGUUGGAGAAAUACAACCUGCAAGAUAAUCAAUGGUUGAAGAGAAUGUUUUCUCUAAGAGAAAAUUGGGCAUUGGUUUAUGGAAGAAACACAUUUUGCGUUGAUAUGGUUUCUACUCAACGAAGUGAGUGCAUGAAUGUUGUUGGGAAGCAUUAUGUAAAUUACAAAAACAAUAUUGUCGAGGUGUUCCAUCAUUUUCAAAUGUUGAUAGAUGAUCGCCGUGAGAAAGAGUCGGCAGAAGAUUUCAAGAAUGCUCAAAGUUCUCCUAUUAUGACAUUUCCAUUAGAAAUAUUGAAGCAUGCGGUUGCCGUAUAUAUACAUAAGAUAUUUGCAUUGUUUAGUGAGGAGUUAAGGAAGGCAAUUGAAAGCAAGAGUGAAGGUGGGAGUCAACUUGAAACUUCUGAUAUAUAA